UAUAAUGCUAAAUGAGUGACAGUUCUUGAAUAUUAUUUAAGAGAAUCGGACUCAUUAUGAGUUUCAGCAAUAAGGUGGUGAUAGUAACAGGCGCCAGUUCCGGCAUUGGAGCCGCCACAGCAGUGCUGUUCGCCAAAGAAGGUGCCCACGUGGUGAUGGUGGGCAGGAACGAGAGCAAGCUGAGCACCGUCGCCGAGCAGUGCGCCAGUAAUGGGCACACGCCGCUCGUCGUUAAAGCCGAUGUCGCUAACGAUGACGAUGUCAAGAGAAUUGUCGAUGAAACUAUUGAAAAUUUUGGAAAAAUAGAUGUUGUGGUCAACAACGCUGGAAUAGGACUUUUUGGUGGCACUCUAAGCGAUUCGGCAUUAAAAGUAUACGACGAGGUAAUGGCAGUAAAUGUGCGUGCAGUUUAUCUUCUCACCACGUUAACUGUGCCUCAUUUGAUUCAAACUAAGGGUAAUAUUGUGAACAUAUCCAGCAUUGCAGGAAAGAAGCCUUUAUCGAGAAACUAUCUGUCAUAUGGCAUUUCCAAAGCGGCAUUAGAUCAUUUCACUCGUGGCGUUGCUCUGGAAUUAGCAUCUAUGGGUGUAAGAGUGAAUGAAGUCAGCCCGGGUCCGGUAAAAACGGACUUUUUGGAUAACGCCGGCAUGACUGGUGUAUCUUGGGAUAAUAUGGGAUCCAUCGUACCUCUUAAAAGGUACUCUGAACCUGAAGAAGUUGCUGAAGUUGUACUUUUCUUAGCAAGUGACAAGGCAAAAGGCAUUACAGGCUCGGAUUUUGUUACUGAUAAUGGAGGUCUUUUAGAAUAUAAUGUUGCACAAUAAAUAAUUAAUAAUGCACCUGAAAAGCCUACAAUACUUUCAACAUUUGUUUUAGACAGAGUUAUUAGAAAUCCAGCUUCGUGUAUUAUUUUUUUUUGUACACAAAUCACAGCUUAAAGUUAUUUUAAGUAUGUGGCAAAUCAUAUGCAUAAUCAUAAUAUAUUAGAUAUAAAAUAUUAGUAACUCGUAUUUUAGAUUUGUAGUCUUUAACAUUUGUUGACAUUUUAGGAUGUCAAUCAAAUAUUUUAAAAUGUAGUAUAUCACAAUAAAUAUUAUUUGACUAUUAUUAUUAUUAAAUUA